GCAGAAAGCACAACAAUGGCUUUGCUACCGGUACCAUAUACACAACUUGUAUCCUUGUCUGUUGGUUCUUCAGUUUACAUCAAAGGGACAUCUGCCAUGCCUUUGAGUAUGGACCCACAAAUGCAGGUAGAUUUCCACACUGGAAAUAAAGUAGACUCGGACGUCGCCUUCUGUUUCCGCGUGUGCUUUGGCAAAAAAGUGGUGAACACCCGUCAGGGUGGGAUAUGGGGUGAACCAGCGAUAUCGACUAUUAUGCCCUUUGGAGAUGGCCAACCCUUUGACCUGAGCAUCUUGGUGCAGUCAGAUUGGUACAAGGUUUCGGUAAAUGGUCAUGAAUAUUACAAAUUUCCCUGUCUCCUGGACCCAGGAUCUGUGAAGAUGAUGCAGGUGUGGAGAGAUGUGUCCCUGGCCUCAGUGAUUGUCACUUAGAGAAGCAUGUGACCAGAAACCCCGUUGUCAAGGAGACCCCUCCACUUAAGUGACUCUGUGACUCCCAGAGCUCACUAACAACAUGGGUUCUCACCCUUUCCCCACACUUGGUCAUUAAAACUCCUGAAAACA